ACCUCAUCUUUUUUAGCUCUACCCCCGCUUCGACCUUUCUCCCUUCAAUCCUCCUCCCAUUCAUUCCUUCUCCUCCCCCACCCCCCCAAUCCCACUCCGCCAUCUCACACACACACACCUGGGCGCGCGCACGCAAGGAGGAAAAAGAGAAGGAAAAAAAAAUCACUCGUAAAAAAAGAAAAAAGAAAAAAGAAAAUCUGAGGGAGAGAGAGAGAGAGAGAGAGAGGGGAUGGAACCUGGUGGCGAGGGAAGGAAGUACAACAAGUACUGGGGGUUGGAGGGGGGGAGGAGGUGCGACGGGUGCAAGGGGGCGGCGGCGGUGCUGUACUGCAGGGCGGACGCGGCGUACCUGUGCGGGAGGUGCGACGCGGGGGUGCACGGGGCCAACAAGCUGGCGUCGCGGCACGAGCGGGUGUGGGUGUGCGAGGUGUGCGAGCAGGCGCCCGCCAGCGUCACCUGCAAGGCCGACGCCGCCGCCCUCUGCGUCGCCUGCGACGCCGACAUCCACUCCGCCAACCCCCUCGCCCGCCGCCACGACCGCGCCCCCGUCGUCCCCCUCCUCGACCCCCUCCCCCCCUCCGCCUACGCCGCCGCCGCCGCCGCGCACGACAUCCUCCUCAGGGGCGCCGACGAUUGCGACGACGAUCUCGCCGACGACGACGCCGACGACGACGAGCAGCUCGGGGCCGCCGGGGAGGACAACGGGAACGAGGCGGAGGCGGCGUCGUGGCUCCUCCCCAACCCUGGCCCUAUCCCUAAUAACCCCAACCCCAACCCUAAUCCGUGCGGCGGCGGCGGCGGCGGCAUCAUCAAGGGGUUGAUGGAGGCGCCGGAGAUCAAAUCGGUGGAGUUCUUCCUCUCGGACGUGGAUCGCUACCUCGACCUCGAGUACGCGUCCUCCGUGGACGCGCGCUUCCACCACGCGGACAGCGUCGUCCCCGUCCACGCCAGCGGAGGGAGCAGCGGGGCGAUCGAGCUCGACUUCGCCCGAUCCAAGCCCUCCUACGCCACCUACCCCGCCCAAUCCCUGAGCCACAGCGUGUCGUCGUCGGAGGUCGGGGUGGUGCCGGACGGGAGCAGCAUCCGCCUCCGCCUCCGCCGUGGGGUUCGUCGUCGACCCCGGCUACGGCGUCGUCCCCUCCUUUUGAGAUCCCCAUACCCUCGCUCCGAUCCCCCUCCUCGCAGUUCCUAUUUGUACGCCAUCUUGUGUUUGAAUUUGAAUUUUGGCUCCCUCUCUCUCUCCCCCCUUCCCCACUCUCUCUCUCUCUCUCUCUCUCUCUCCGUGUAGUGCUCUCUUAAUUUUGGUGUAUAUUAUUUUCCUAUUCGCCUAUAAGUUACCCUUUACGCUUUACGGUGAACUUUUUCUCUGUUCUCUACGCUCUCUCUUUUUUUUGGGGGGUUUGGUGCGCUCGCGCGCCCCCCCUUGUAUGGAGGAAUUGGAGAAAAGAGAUUUGCUUUCGUUUUCUAACAACGUUUUAGAGAAUGAUAUUUGAAUAUUAUAUUUUA